GUUUCCCUUGCUGUCAGCCCUGAGCCUUCAGCUGGCCCCAGCACUGGGGUCCAGGCGGGGCAGCACGGGGCUCCGGGCGGCCCCGCACGCGGCAGGGCUGGAGGCCGGGGGCGCGGCGCGCAUGGAGGAGACGACAAGGAAAGCGGAGGAGCUGGCCCAGCGGCUGGCCGAGGCCAUCGAGAGCGGGGACCAGGUGCUGGCGUGCCAGUGCGCCGGCAAGCUGGCGGAGCUGGCCGUCUCUGUGAGCGUGCGGCUGAAGGAGCAGGCCUACCCCCAGCAAGAGAUACGGCUGUGGGUGGGGGUGGAGGACGCCCAGAUGUGCACGGUGCCCAUCCACCUGCAGGUCCGGCCCCACAUGACCCUGGCAUCGCUCAAGGACAUGGUGUCCACGCAGUACGGGUUCCCGCCCGGCGUCCAGCGCUGGGUCAUUGGGCAGCGGCUGCCCCGGGACCAGGAGACGCUGCUCUACAACGGCAUCCGGCGGGACGGCGACUGCGCCUUCCUCUACCUGCUCUCGGCCCGCCAAGCCCAGCUCGGCAGGGACCCUGCCCUGCCCCCCCGCCCCCCAGACCCGGGGCUGGGCACCCAGGUGCCGCAGCCGCACGGGCGCCCGGAGCAGGUGGACGCCGUGCCCAGGGCGACGCAGGCUGGGCCGGACGUGGAGGAGGCGGCGGCCCUGCCCGAGCCCCCCCAGGUGGGCUGGGCCUGCCCGCGCUGCACCUACGUGAACAAGCCGACGCGCCCCGGCUGCGAGCUGUGCUGCCAGGAGCGCCCCGAGGGCUACCGCGUGCCCGAUGGCUACCGGCCCGACGCGGCGGAGCAGGCGCGGUUGCGAGGCGAGGAGGAGGCUCUCCAGCAGUACCAGCAGGUGAAGGAGCAGCGGCAGAAGGAGAACUACGAGCAGCUGCUGCAGCUGGACGGGCAGAGCCUGGUGCCUGCCGACGCUGCCAUCGAGUGCCCCAUCUGCUUGGGUAUCGUGCCGCCCGGCGAGGGCGUGAUCCUGCGCGAGUGCCUGCACACCUUCUGCAGGGACUGCCUGAAGGGCACGAUCCUGAACAGCCCGGAGCCCGAGGUGCCCUGCCCCUACAUCGACAAGAACUACUCCUGCACGGGGCAGCUGCUGGAGCGGGAGAUCAAGGCGCUCCUGAGCCCAGAGGAGUACCAGCACUUCCUGGACCUGGGCGUCUCCAUCGCCGAGACCCGCAGCCCCUGCAGCUACCACUGCAAGACGGCCGACUGCCGCGGCUGGUGCUUCUUCGAGGACGACGUCAACGAGUUUUCCUGCCCCGUGUGCCUGAAGGUCAACUGCCUGCUGUGCCAGGCCAUCCACGAAAAUAUGAACUGCAAGGAGUACCAGGAUGACCUGCAGGCCCGGGCCGAGAAGGACCAGGCCGCACGGCAGACCAGCGAGAUGCUGACGAGGAUGGUGCAGCGCGGCGAGGCCAUGCACUGCCCCAGCUGCCACAUCGUGGUGCAGAAGAAGGACGGCUGCGACUGGAUCCGCUGCACCGUGUGCCACACCGAGAUCUGCUGGGUCACCAAGGGGCCGCGCUGGGGGCCGGCGGGUCCCGGUGACACGAGCGGGGGCUGUCGCUGCCGGCUGAACGGCGCGCCCUGCCACCCCCACUGCCAGAACUGCCACUAGGCACCGAGGAGCCAAGGGGGGGGCAGGGGGCAGGGUCCCUCCAUGGCCCCCCGACACUACCUGACUCCACUCGGGGGGCCGAGCCCUGCUUGGGGCUGGGAUGGGCUGGUACGUUGUGCCCCGGACAUCCCUGGAGCUUGGUGCAGUCAGCCCCACGGAGGGCCAGCCUGCUGGGUUGGGCUGUGGGAGGCCUAGGCCUGCCAGCAUCCAGGCUGAGGGGCUGCCGGUGCGUGCUCCCACGGUCCCCCAGGCCUGGCGAGGUGGGACCAUCCCGGAGCUCAGGGGACGGCAGGCACUCGCUCAUCGAUUGUCAACCCAGUGGCUGGGGGCAAUAAAGACCUGCGGGCCGCGCAGGGAGGA